AUGGCGCCCCCGACGCUCAACAAGGACGAGCUCAAGAACCUCUCCUUCAUCCUCAACAAGCCGCACGAUGUGACGUUUGCCGAGCGGCCCAAGCCCUCCGUCGAGAGCCCCCACGACGUGCUCGUCGCCGUCAACUACACGGGCAUCUGCGGCUCCGACGUGCACUACUGGGUGCACGGCGCCAUCGGCCACUUCGUCGUGCGCGAGCCCAUGGUGCUGGGCCACGAGUCGGCCGGCACCGUCGUCGAGACGGGCGCCGCGGUCGCGCACCUGCGGCCCGGCGACCGCGUCGCCAUCGAGCCCGGCUACGGGUGCCGCCGCUGCGCCGCCUGCCGCGCCGGCAAGUACAACCUCUGCGAGGACAUGAUCUUUGCCGCGACGCCGCCGCACGACGGCACCCUCACGGGCCUGUGGCGUUCGCCCGCCGACUUUUGCUACAAGCUGCCGGACAACGUGUCGCUGCAGGAGGGCGCGCUCGUCGAGCCGCUCGCCGUCGGCGUGCACAUCGUCAAGCAGGCGGCCGUGCAGCCGGGCCAGUCGGUCGUCGUUAUGGGCGCCGGGCCCGUGGGCCUGCUGUGCGCGGCCGUCGCGCGCGCGUACGGCGCCUCCAAGGUGGUCAGCGUCGACAUUGUGCAGUCCAAGCUCGACUUUGCGCGCGACUUUGCCGCCACCCACACGUACCUGUCGCGGCGCGUGUCGCCCGAGGACAACGCCGCCGCCAUCCGCGCGCACGCCGGCCUGCCGGGGGGCGCCGACGUCGUCAUCGACGCGAGCGGCGCCGAGCCCUCGAUCCAGACGAGCCUGCACGCCGUGCGCGUCGGCGGCACCUACGUCCAGGGUGGCAUGGGCAAGAGCGACAUCAACUUCCCCAUCAUGGCCAUGUGCCUCAAGGAGGUGACGGCCAAGGGCUCGUUCCGCUACGGGCCGGGUGACUACGAGCUGGCCGUCGAGCUCAUCGCCAGCGGCAAGGUCGACGUCAAGAAGCUCGUGUCGGCGGUCGUGCCGUUUGAGCAGGCCGAGGAGGCCUUCAAGAAGGUCAAGGAGGGCGAGGUGAUUAAGAUGCUCAUUGCCGGGCCCAACGAGGGCGGCAGCAGCAGCUGA